AGACCAGAAGUUCACAACUCAAAUGAGGAUAAGUGCCAAGGUUUUCCAAAUAAUCUUGUCGUGUGCCGCGCCACAUUUGAAAUUUUUUUUGUGAUAUAACGAACUUCCGUAAAACACAUAACAACAAUUACUGAAACAAUUUAAUAUCCUGAAAACCGCUGCUUUGACUGUUUUUGAUCGCUGGCUACUGUAAGCUAACUUACUUACGGUACCUAUUCUCAGCUACUACGUUCUGUUAACAGGCCAUAAGCUGACAAUGUGUGAAUGAACAUGGUGACUUAUUUAGGUUUAUUUCGAUAUAAACGUACAUUAUUAAGAUUUAAUAUAUAUAUACAAGACUUACUUUUUACCAAAACGUUCGCCUGACCACGUUCAUGCUUAUGGCGCGGCAUAUUGACAUGCUGUGCUCCCCUUGUACGGACAGUCGACUGUAUUGGAAUUACAUUGUCGUUUAUAAGUAUUCAGUAUUCUGCUUAUCGUUUAGUAUUUUAGGCACAUGUACUUGUAAAUCUGUAGCUUAGAGUGACGGCAAAAUGGAAACCAAGGCGAUGUUAUGUGAAAAAAGAGAAUCUGAUGUAAAACAAAAUAAUUCAGUGGAAAGAAUAACUUGGAACAACAAGUAUGAGUUUGCUUUCAGCGUUCUUGGUUACUGUAUUGGACUUGGGAACAUCUGGAGAUUCUCAUACCUGUGUUUCAAGAAUGGAGGAGGUGCUUUUCUUAUACCAUUUCUUUUGGUGGCUGGUUUGGGAAGUCUUCCACUUGUAUUCAUGGAAAUUUCUUUGGGUCAAUUCACAAGACGUGGGUGCAUCGCUGUUUGGAAUAUAGUUCCAUUAAUGCGGGGUAUUGGAUUUUCAUCCAUGCUAAUGUCUCUAUACUUCUUGAUCUAUUUCGUGUAUGCUCUAGGAUGGUGCCUCUUAUAUUUAAUCCACUCAUUUACACUGGGACCUCCUGCUUGGGCGACUUGUGACAAUGUAUGGAAUUCUAUCGACUGCGUUCCUAUAGCUAAUAUUGUAAGCGAAAAUAUUACAACACUUAUCAAUAACGCCUCAUCGUUGAUUACUGCUAACUCAUCUGGAAUCGAGAAUGGAAUCCUCGCUACUGAGGAGUUUUGGGACAACUACGUUUUGCAACGGAGUGAUGGAAUUCACAAUAUGGGGAGUUUUUCAAAUUGGAAAAUGGUUGGAUGCUUUAUUUUUUCUUGGAUAGCCUGUUAUUUAUGUAUUGUAAAAGGAAUUAGAACAUCGGGCAAGGUUGCCUACGUUACGGUCAUAGUUCCCUACAUUCUUAUGAUUGCACUAUUCAUCAGAGGUAUAACAUUGAAAGGUGCCGGAUCAGGAAUGCUUUAUUACAUCACUCCGAAUAUUACAAGACUGGUAGAUCCAACGGUGUGGUUAGAUGCAGGCUCACAAGUAUUGUUUUCAAUUGGGGUUUGUUACGGAGUUUUAUUUGGAUUUGGAAGUUACAAUCGAAUAUCUUUUAACUGCUACAAGAGUGCCUACUUCUUUGUGUUUGCUUGCUAUGGAAGUUCUUUGUUUUUUGGAUUCGUUGUCUUUUGUUUCAUCGGACAUUUGGCGUCCGUUAGAAACAUGGAUAUUGAGGACGUUGUUGAAGGCGGACCUGGACUCGUUUUUCAAGUGUUUCCAGCAGAGUUGGCGUUACUUCCUUUACCACAAGUUUGGUCGGCUAUCUUCUUCAUAACUCUGGCUUCAUUAGCGUUGGACAGUGCGUAUGCCACUGCCGAAGGAUGUAUUACUGCUCUUGCUGAUUAUUGGCCGGAAAAAUUUAGUCACAGAGGAGCACACGUCUGGAGAGCAGGAGUAUGCGUACUUGCUAUGCUGUUAGGAAUACCGCAGUUAUUUGAUGGUGGAAUCUACGUGUUUGAGCUUUUCAAUUUAUACGGAGGAAGUGGGAUAUGUAUUCUCUGGGUUGCCAUAUUCGAAUCGUUAGCUGUUGGUUGGAUAUAUGGAGUUGAAAAUUUGUACGAAGACGUUAAAUCUAUGAUCGGAUACUAUCCACCAGCAUUUUUCAAAUAUUGUAUCAAAUAUAUCACUCCGGCGUUUUGUUUGGUGAUUUUCGUUUCCUGUUGUGUCCGAUUUUCACCUCUGAAGAUGGGUGCGUAUGUCUAUCCGGGGUGGGCGAAUGUUAUUGGUUGGAUGAUAUCAAUAUCCGUGGUAUCCUGCAUACCAAUUACUGCUGUGUAUGUCUUGUGGAAAACCCCUGGAAGCUUGAGACAGAGGUUUAAAAGAAGUAUCCGUCCGAUUAAGAUGAACACUCAACACGACGACGAGAAAGAUGGUUCACUUGAUAUCUGAUAUGUUUGCGUCCUUCAUCAUUUAGGUUGGAGAUUGAGGUCAACUGAUAGCGGUUCAUGUCCGCCCGCGCUCAAAUUUUUCAUCGGCAACGCACAUAGCGUGUAUAUCGUCUGCGGGGCAAUUUUCGAACCCUGCUUUGCAUAGCGUAGUUUCUCAAUUAGCUGAAUAUUAUUAUUACUAAUGAACUACUAAUGUUUGAGAUGUUUCAAUAAAUAACCAAGCCAAUG